AUGGACUUGAGGGCAUUGUUAGCACGGUUGAGGUUGUUUGAGCAUGGAAAUUUGUUGGUGAAACUUCGAGUAGAGCCUGAGCUAGUGGGAGAAGUUAAGAGGUUACAAGGUUCAAAAAAUCGUUUGAGGGCCAGGGUGGAACAAGUUCUCCGAGGCAAGGCUCUAGGAUUUGAUCUAAGAGAUGGAGAUGUAUUGUACUUUAGAGGUCGAUUAUAUGUCCAUACGGCCGAACCUUUGAGCAGUAAGAUUCUUCAUGAAGCUCAUUGCAAUCUACUCUCGGUUCACUCGGGGAGUAAUGAGAUGUACCAAGAGCUUCAACUGUUAUAUUUUUGGUUGGGUAUGAAAAGGGAACUGUCUGAUUUUGUGGCUAAAUGCUUGGUUGCUUCAACCGAUUUAGAUUUCUCAGUGGAAAUGGGAGAGAUUGAUUCUCAACUUUGUAACGGGAUACAUAUGUUGAGACAAAGACAUGACAGAGUAUGGGUUGUUGUAGAUCGGUUAACCAAGUCAGCUUAUUUUCUCCCAGUGCGGAUGGAUUUCACUAUAGAGAGGCUAGCACAGUUGUAUAUCCGUGAAAUAGUAAGGUUGCAUAGAGUUUCAGUUUCGAUUAUAUCUGAUAGGGAUCUUUGA